UCCACUCUGGCCAUGGCCGUCAUGGGUGUGAAACAAGUUGUUCUGUUCCUGCUGCUGGUGAUGGUGAUGACCAUCCGUACCGUUAGCGGCGACCAUUAUCACCCAGACGACCUUGAGCGCAGACCAGAGCGCUUGCAACGCAACCCAGACAGUUUCAACACCGCAGAACUAUCUGCGAGCUUCUGGAAGGACAACGCGAAAGCCGGCCUUGAAAGACGCCUUCGUGAUAUAAAGAACGAAAACGUCGCCAGAAAUGUUAUCAUGUUCUUAGGAGAUGGAAUGUCCAUACCGACGCUUAUGGCUGCAAGGACCCUGAAGGGACAACGGGAAAACCGCACUGGGGAAGAAAGUGAACUGUUCUUCGAGACCUUUCCUACUGUUGGCCUUUCGAAGACUUAUUGCCUAAACGAGCAAAUUCCUGAUUCCGCGUGUACCGCCACGGCAUAUCUGACCGGUGUUAAGAGUAACUACGGAACUAUCGGCGUCGAUGGCAGCGUCCGACGCCGCGACUGUCUCGCUUCCACUGACAAGACGACACAUUUGGACUCGAUCGCUGCUUGGGCUCUCGAAGAUGGGCGUGAUGCUGGUAUUGUGACCACUACCCGGGUCACUCACGCGUCACCAGCGGGAACCUACGCCAGGACGGCCAACCGAGGCUGGGAGAAUGAUGCCCAAGUGGCUGCCAAUGGAUUUUCUACCGAUGUAUGCCCAGACAUCGCCAUGCAACUUGUGACCACAUCACCAGGCAACAAAUUUAAGGUUAUAUUGGGAGGCGGUCGACGUGAAUUCAUAAAUGAAACGAUGGUUGACGAAGAAGGUUUUAACGGCAGAAGAACAGACGGUCGGAACCUCAUUGAGGAAUGGCAAAACGAUAAAUCCGCUCGCAAAUUCACCCAGCAAUACGUGUGGAACCGCUCACAACUGAUGAGUCUAAGAAACUCACCGCCGGAUUACCUGUUGGGAUUAUUCGAAUCAUCUCACUUGGACUAUAAUAUACGCUCGGAUAAAAUGACGGAACCGACUCUUGCUGAGCUCACAGAAGUGGCUAUCAACUCACUGAGUCGCAACGAUAAGGGAUACUUUUUGUUUGUUGAGGGUGGCCGAAUUGAUCACGCGCACCAUGAUAACCGUCCGCAGCGUGCAUUGGACGAGACGAUAGAGUUUGACCUAGCGAUAAAAAAGGCAGCAGAAAUGGUCGGAGACGACACACUGAUAGUAGUGACUGCAGACCACGCUCACGUGAUGGCCGUCAAUGGGUACUCGCAGCGAGGAAGUAAUAUCCUUGGACGAUCAGACGAUAAAGGCGACGACGGUAUUCGCUACAUGACACUCUCCUACACCAACGGACCAGGAACCCGUCAGCAGGUUAAUGGAAGUCGCGUCGAUGUGACGGAGGAAAAUUUCAUGGCACAGAAUUGGCGCACUCACGCUGAAGUGAUUUUGGAUUCGGAGACGCACGGCGGCGACGACGUGGCGGUCUUGGCGUGGGGGCCUCACCACCACCUGUUCACUGGCGUGUACGAGCAGAGCCACAUCCCCUUCAGGAUGGCGUACGCGGCUUGCAUCGGGCCCGGACUCCACGCCGACGCUUGCAGCAGCGCGGCGCUGCUUCACCCGCUCUGUUUACUCUACGCUGUUACCCUCUCAAUACUACACCGCGUAUUCCUGCGAUAAAAUUCCUGUGUGCUACGUAAUUUUUAGCGCGGCGCUGCUUCACCCGCCCUCUCUACUCUUUAGUUCUAAU